CUCCGGUGUGCGGGCUGGAGGGAACACUGGCUGCUCGAGUUCUCCCAGUAAGCCUCCGAGAGCUUUGAAGGCAGUGCGGUCCUUCAGCCGAUGGUGUUACCUGAUACCGCUGCUAAAAGUGGCAAUUUAAUCUGAGUGUCCCUCAAAUUUGAUAUGCGGCAGAUCAUGUUUCUCCUGUGGUUUCUCUGAGGGUGACAGUAUUACUUUACUUUGCAGUUAUUAAGAUUCAAUUUUUAAACGUGACUUUUCACUUGUAUUUGCAAAGCGUUAACUAGGCCUAGCACCUUCUGUUUCUAAUAGAGUUAAAGCCAGUGAAGCCUCUGUCGGCCGUGCUGGUGGGAGUAGGGUGAGGGCUCACUUCUCGCUGCAGAGAUUAAGCCUUCUUGUUCUGAAUUCAUUACAAAGGGAUGUAAAAUAACCCAGUUUGAAAUGUGAACCCAUUAAUAUUGUUUGGGGAUUAGUUCUAAAUUCCAAUGAAUUAAAGUUAGAAUAUCAUCUCCCAAAAUGGUUCAGCUUGGAGAGUUGCCCAUACACAAAUGUGUUGCAAGAAAAUGACAUAAACUUGAUUGGACGAGAUUGGAGACAAAGCUUCUUAAAAUACCUUUAAGUAGCAAAUUGAUUUUAGGAUCAAGCUUUUGCAUGAAUUUCAGGGAAAUGGCAGGUGCACAGACAUGCAGUCCAGCUUUCCUACGAGGCAUUUGCUCUUCAAAACCCCGUGGGUGCUGUUUAUCACGGCAGAAUUAAAAUCUGAGGGCUGCGGCUAAGUCAAUGAAAUCUCACUUAUGCGUUCACUCCACCAUUCUGUUCAUCUGCCAUGGACGCGCCCAGUUUAGUUCUGUGCUCACAGCGGAGGAAUGCCACCGAGCCUGUGGCCGGUCCCUAAAUAACGGGAGAGCUGAAGCGCCGGCGAUAAGAUAAGGCUCCCGACUUGCUGGAGACGGGGAGGCGUCCGACUGUUCACAGCCUUGGCGUCCAGGAGCUCCUGCUUCUGGUUUUCCAGGCGGCCUCUCGUGUGCCCUUAGGACCAGCAGCCCCAUGCUUGUGCCCCGCAGCCCAGAACAGGUGCACCCCACACACAGACACCUGUGGGACAAGGCUCCGGCUUGUUUUCACCGUAGACGGCUGGAGCUCACUCUUGAGUUUGGCUUCCUCUGGGCGUCUGAUGCCGUGUGUGCGCUCACACCAGCUCUGCAUGUCCCAUUUCUGGUAGCACUUGGUGGGCGUUUUGUGAAUGGCAGCGUCCAUGGCUGUGGGUCUGGUCCUGCCAGGCCCACAGGGAGGGCAGCGGCACAGGACACUCCAAAAAUACACCGACGGAGAUCGGCCCAACAGGACACGAAAUUCACAGUUAAAAGGGUUACGGACGUUUAGGGCUCUGUUUUUUGUUUGUUUUUUGAGACGGAGUAUUUCUCCAUCGCCCAGGCUGGAGUGCAGCGGCGUGAUCUCAGCUCACUGCAACCUCCACCUCCCAGGUUCAAGCGAUUCUCCUGCCUCAGCCUCCUGAGUAGCUGGGGCUACAGGUGCCCGCCACCACGCCCGGCUGAUUUUUGUAUUUUUAGUAGAGACGGGGUUUCACCAUGUUGUCCAGGCUGGUCUCGAACUCCUGACCUGAAGUGAUCCACCCACCUCAGCUUCCCAAAGUGCUGGGAUGACAGGCGUGAGCCACCACGGGGCGCUAUUCUUAAGGAGGAAGUAAGUUUGCUCUAAGCUCUCAGGGUCCUCAGCUGUGGACUGGAAGGGAGGGUUCACUGUGCUGCUGCAGUGUCUAGUUUAUGGGUCAUGAGAAAAUACGCAUCCAAGAUCACCCCUGGAAUUGCUUACUGUGGGCGGCAAGCCACCCAGGCACCGAGGCAAGAGACAGAGGACACGAGCUGUUCCAGUAUAAUAAAAUAUAAAACAAGAAUAGUUAUACCAGAUAUAGAUCUUAGAUAUGAUUAUAUAUGAAUAUCAUUAAUCAUUAGUUUGUAGCAAUUACUUUUUAUUCCAGUAUUAUGAUAAUCCUCGCUCUAUAAUCACAGCCUAGGAAAAACCAGGCCAUGCAGAGAUAGGAGCUGAGGGGACAUAGUGAGGUGUGACCAGAAGACAAGAGUGCGAGCCUUCUGUUAUGCCCGGACAGGGCCACCAGAGGGCUCCUUGGUCUAGCGGUGACGCCAGCGUCUGGGAAGAUGCCCGUUACCAGGCGGAUCAUGGUCCAGCGGUAGCAAAAGGUGGCAAGGAACAACAUCCGCUACUUAACAGACCGGGAAAGAGGGGGGAGUCUCCCUUUCCCCGGGGGAGUUUAGAGAAGACUCUGCUCCUCCACCUCUUGUGGAGGGCCUGACAUUAGUCAGGCCUGCCUGCAGUUAUCCGGAGGCCUAACCGUCUCCCUGUGAUGCUGUGCUUCAGCGGUCACACUCCUAGUCCGCCUUCAUGUUCCAUUCUGUACACCUGGCUCUGCCUUCUAGAUAGCAGUAGUAAAUUAGUGAAAAUACUAAUAGUCCCUGAUAUGCAGAAAUAAUGGCGUAAGCUGUCUUUCUCUUUGUCUCCUCUCCCUCUCUGCCUCGGCUGCCAGGCAGGGCAGGGCUCCCUGUCCAGUGGACACGUGACCCACAUGACCUUACCUAUCAUUGGAGGUGACUCACAUUCUUUACCCUGCCCCUUCUGCCUUGUAUCCAAUAAAUAACAGCGCAGCCAGACAUUUGGGGCCACUACCGGUCUCCGUGCAUUGGUGGUAGUGGUCCCCCGGGCCCAGCUGCCUUUUCUCUUAUCUCUUGUCUUGUGUCUUUAUUUCUACACUCUCUCGUCACUGCACACAGGGAGAGACCCACCGACCCUGUGGGCUGGUCCCUAUAGCUUACCCCUCUAGAAACCAAAGCAAGCAGAUUUUUUUCAACUCACUAAAAAUCAAAGUCGAAAUUUCACUUAAGUUUAUCUUUGUUCUUUAAAUAACAAAUUGUAGCCUAUGGAAGGGGGUCUUUAAGCUGUGUUAACAAUGGUGAGGGCUGGGCACAGUGGCUCACGUCUGCAAUCCCAGCAUUGUGGGAGGCCACGGUGGGCAGAUUGCCUGAGCCCAGGAGUUCUAGAUCAGCCUAGGAAACAUAGCAAGACUCCAUCUCUACAAAACGACAAUGAUGAGUGCUGACUCCACAGCACUUCUGUACCAGGCAUUGUUCCAGCUGCUUCACGCGUGUUAUCCUCCACACGUGCUCCUCACAUCACUGUGAAGGCUGAUUUUAUCACAAUCUUACAGGAGAAAAAAUUGACAUACAGAGAGGUUCAGGCACUUGCCCAGUGCCACACAGCCCAGCGAGUGGCAGAGCUUGGAUGGGAACCACACAAUCUGGCCCCCGUGCUCGUAAGCAUCCUCCCUGACUGCUGAGAUCACCGUGGCCUGCAAGUAUCAUAACAAUUGCAGUGUGCAGGGGCUCUUUAGCAUGCUUUCCAAAAACAGGCAGACUUUUACAAAUGGAACUACGUUUGGCAGCUUUAAGUAAGCUGCACUGAAAAGUCCUUCACCCCGCGAGCCACGGGGCUGUGUGGUCUGGCAAACCCUGGCUCUGCUGCUAGAGUGAGCAUAGAUCUGAGGGUCGGGGCAGCCUGUGUGGCUCCCUCCUUCCGGGUGAGCCUCUCUGAAAAGGGCUGCCUCCUUCCGGGUGUGUCUCUCUGAACAGGGCUGCCUCCUUCCGGACUACUGGUGCCUGGAUGAUCUGUACCGGGAGAUGGUGAGGUGCUAUGUGGAAAUCGUUGAGAAGCUUCCAGAACGCCGGCCAGACCCAGCUACCAUUGAAGGCUGUGCUCAGCUAAAGCCCAAUAACUACCUUCUCGCCUGGCACACGCCGUUCAAUGAAAAAGGCUCAGGAUUUGGAGCGGCCACCAAGGCCAUGUGCAUCGGCCUGCGGUACUGGAAGCCUGAGCGGCUGGAGACCCUCAUCGAGGUCAGCGUGGAGUGCGGCCGGAUGACCCACAACCAUCCCACAGGCUUCCUGGGCUCCCUGUGCACGGCCCUGUUCGUGUCGUUCGCCGCACAAGGAAAGCCGCUGGUCCAGUGGGGGAGAGACAUGCUGCGGGCGGUGCCGCUGGCAGAGGAGUACUGCAGGAAGACCAUCCGGCACACGGCAGAAUACCAGGAGCACUGGUUUUACUUUGAAGCUAAAUGGCAAUUUUAUUUGGAGGAGAGGAAAAUCAGUAAAGACUCAGAAAAUAAAGCCAUCUUCCCCGACAAUUAUGACGCAGAAGAGAGGGAAAAGACCUACAGGAAGUGGAGCUCGGAAGGUCGAGGGGGAAGACGAGGCCACGACGCCCCCAUGAUAGCCUAUGACGCCCUCCUUGCAGCAGGAAACAGCUGGACUGAGCUGUGUCACCGGGCCAUGUUUCAUGGAGGGGAGAGCGCAGCCACGGGCACCAUUGCAGGCUGCCUGUUCGGGUUGCUGUACGGCCUGGACCUCGUUCCCAAAGGCUUGUACCAGGACCUGGAGGACAAGGAGAAGCUGGAGGACCUGGGCGCGGCUCUCUACCGCCUGUCCACAGAGGAGAACCGGAAGAGCAGCAAGACCUGCAGUGACGUCAUGUCUGUGGACGCCCAAACCCUGAAGAAGAAGAUGGGCAAGCUGGCCUGUGACCCGGCCGCCCACUCCAUCCUCAGCAGCCUGCUGCUCUACGUCACGGGCCGCGCAGACCGGCCCCCGGGGACAGAGGCCGGGGGGAGCAGGCCCAGCCACCAGCCCCAGACCCAGGAGGCCACCCAGCGGCCCACGCGCUUCCAGCUCCUGCAGGCCAAGUUCCUGGGCACUGGCCGGGAGCGCUACCUCAAGAGGACCAGGGAGGUGGGCCGGCUGAUCUCUAAGGACAAGCAGGGGCCGGGUGGGGGCCUCGUGGGUGCCACCAUCAACAAGCUCCUGGAGAAGACCAAGGAGCCGGCCCCAAAGCCCUGCCUCAGCGAGAAGCCCCGCUGGGGCCACCCGGCUGGGAAGAGCACCGUGAAAAACAUCCUGAAGAUAUUCUUGGCCGCCGAGGAGAAGGAGGCGAAGGAGAAAGAAGCACGCGAGAAGCCCCCUGCGGAGCGGCCCAAAGCCGCCAGGGGCCUCUUGCCGAAGAUCAUGGGCAAGAGCUCGGUGCUGUCCAAGCUGCGGGAGAAGUUCGAGCAGAACAGCUGCCUGUGCUCCGAGGCCAGUGCGCUGAGGCUGCACACACAGGAGCGGAAGAAGAGGAACCUGCAGAGGAGGAGGAUGCACCGGCCGGAGGUGCGCGUGCUGCACACGGCCACCAUGGCCAGCACCUGCGUCAAGAUGCCCCCUGCCCGCUUUCUGGCCUGCACGGCUGAGCCCCUGCCGGCCCUCAGCAUCGCCACGGUCGUCUGUGGCCCCAGGAGCUGGCUGUCCCACUGCACCAAAAUCAGCCACUCGGAGGCAAGGCGUCCACCCAGAGGAGAAGCCAGCAUGCCCCCUAGUGCCAGGGAGACGGGGCCCAGUGGGAACAAAGCAGUGGGAAAGGGGCCCCUGGAGGAGGAGCCCCAAAGACAGCCAAGGCCCUCGAAGCCCGUGACACCCCAGGUGAUGGCUUGGAGGGACGGCCACGCUAUCCCCUCGCUGGCCUCCUCUUGUGCUCCCUGCACAGGUGGAGUCCUUCCUGGCCUUGUGCCUGCAUCAUCCCCACUGGGACCGGCCAGCCCUUGGGGCACCGGAUCAGCCGGAGGUGAUGGGACGGCAGACCCCACCGCAGAGAGCACCGCAGGAGGCGUCCAGGAGGUGAGGGGAGCCAGGCUCACGUGGUCUUCUGGGCCCCUAGGCAAGAGUGCAGGGGAGGGCCCUGAAAUCACCAUGACUGUUUGCAGCUCAGAGGAUGAAAGGGAAGGAGCAGGCUUCCCAGACCCAGGGAGAGACCCCCUCUUUGCCACCCAGAAGUAUUUCCCAGAACAGAAGGUGCCGGAGCACAUCCCACCCCUGAACGCUCCAUUGGUCCAGGCUGCUCGGAGAACACAGCCUGCCACGGAGCCUCCACGGAUAACUGUCCAAAUUCCAGUUGUCCAUGAAAUGCCAGCCCCUCCCACCAGGCUGCAAAAUACGUCAAGUGGUGAAAACAAACCUUGUAUUUUUGGAGGAGAGAAUGUGGUUGAAAAUGCCCACACAGAAUUUCCCACCGUGACUGAGAACAGAAGGGGUCACCGAGCCCCAGUGGAACUGAGCAAGCUUUCAGGGAUGCAGGCGGUACUCGGCGCCUCUUCGCUGCAGGGGCCACUGGCAGCUCCGCGUCUGGCAGCAGCAAGAGGGGCUGUGGGCGCCAACCACAGUGUCCCAGAGACACUUCUGACACAGAGACUCCAGACAGAUCCUGCUGGCGGGAAGGAAAACAAAGGCAGCUUUGAGAAUUCACAUGGUCCCAGGAAUCCUGACGAUAUUUCAGGAGAGAGGACCUCUGAGCUCAGAGAUGUGAAGCAUCCGUUGCCGGAAUCUAAUGAAAUAUCAAUGCAGAACAAGGGCUCCGCAACAAAUGAUCCUGCAGCCUCACAAAACCUUCUGAGGGGAAACACCAGCCAUGCCUCCAGCAGCCAGCAAGUGCCGUCCCCGACUGGGAGAAACCCAACAGGAGCCCCCACGUCACUGGCGGCAUCAUCCAAGGGGCGUACGGGGCCUGAGGGUGUCACCCCGAUGGGCACGACUGUGCCCGGUGCGCUGGAGGAAUGCAGAAGGCCGCCGCUAAUAGAGUCUUCUCAGCCCCUGAAGGCUGCCGAGGAAAUCACCAGCCGUGAUGUUCGCGAGAACCCACUGUCCUCAUUAAAUGAACCACCCAAACCAGGUAUGAAAGCCUGUGGGGCGAUGGCAGCUGCAGGGAGCGUUGCGAGCCGCGCCACGCCUGCACCAGCGCCAGGCAGCACCCAGAGCCCUGGAGACCGCACAGCGGGAGAGCCAGAGACGCUGGGCCAGCGGGGAAGCAGAGCCUUGUCCGAAAGCCACCCCAGAGGAGAGGCUCUCCCUCGAGACCCUCACAGCCACGGCCUCCUGGCCCCUGGGGGAUCCUUGGAGCCCAAGAGUGGAGCAGCAGGGAGGAGCCUGCUGAGAGGCGUGGCCCUCGCCCGGCACCCAGAGGCGGCCCGAUUACACAUUUCAAACACAUCGGCAGCCAGCAGACAUACGGCAGCUGUAGGAGGCAGAAAGGAUGUGGCUGUGGAAGGAAAUCUUUUGGGUUUCAGCACAGAGUCUGGAAUUCCUGCUUCUGAUCAUCCUAGGCCACAGGCAAGGAGCGCGGCAGAGUCCCCCAGCUAUGGCCCUGGCCUCCCGCCGUCGCCUCCUGAGAACCCACAGGCAAAGGGCAGGGAGGGCGUCAGGUUUCCCCGUGGGGCGGAGCCUGACCAUCUGCUUCCUGCAGUGCCUCCCGCGGAGGUGGACAUGGGGUGGGUAGGUGGCACCCACCAGCGGGGCCCUCCCCAUCUACAGGCACACCUGCCCUCUACUGCUGGUGACACACAGGCAAAGCUCCGGGCCAGUGUCCCCGAGCCUAGGACACAGGCAGGUGAAUCCCAGGAGCGUCCCCUGACACAGGUGGACCUGGGGAGGCAACAGAGUCACCAGGCACAGGAGGAGACCCCCCAGCCCGGGGAUGUGGGGAAGAGGGUGGCGCCGUCGGGCCCGAAGGUUGUGCUGAACCCAGCAAAAGAGCCUCAGACAUGGUGGGCACAGGAUCUGGCUGGGGACAAAGGGACGGCCAUUGGGGUUGGGGGCGCCUGCCAGCGCAGUGACCAAGGUCAGCAGCAUCUGCAGGGACCCUGGGAGGAGCGGGGGCGGAGCACGGCGUGGGGAGAGGGCACCAGGGCUGCCAGGAACCCAGCUGUGCCUCCAGGGGACCCCAAGGGGCCGGGAAGCCCGGCAGCCCAAGGACAGGCCCAGGGACAGGUUCAGGAAUGGGCCCGGGGACAGGUUCAGGGACACGCUCAAGAACAGGCCCAGUGGCAGACCCAGAUAGAGGCCCAGGGGCAGGCACAGGAACCGGCUCAGGGUGGGACCCAGGGACAGGUUCAGGGACAGGCCCAGAAAUGGGCUCAAGGGCAGAUUCAGGGACAGGCCCAGAAACAGGUUCAAGGACAGGUUCAGAAAUGGGCCCAGGAAGAGGCUCAGGGACAGGCCCAGUGGCAGACCCAGAUAAAGACCCAGAAAUGGGCUCAGGAACAGACCCAGAAAGGGGCUCAGGAACGGGUUCAGGGUCAGGCCCAGAAAGGGGCUCAGGAAUGGGCCCAGGAACAGGCUCAAGAGCAGACCCAGAUAGAGGCUCAGGGUCAGGCCCAGAAGGGGGCUCAGGAACGGGCUCAGGAACAGGCUCGGGAACAGGCCCAGAAAGGGGCUCAGGAACGGGCUCGGGAACAGGCCCAGAAAGGGGCUCAGGAACGGGCUCGGGAACAGGCCCAGAAAGGGGCUCAGGAACGGGCUCGGGAACAGGCCCAGAAAGGGGCUCAGGAAUGGGCUCGGGAACAGGAUUGGAAGCAGACCCAGAUAGAGGCUCAGAGGCAGACCCAGAAAGGGGCUCAGGAACGGGCUCGGGAACAGGGUCGGGAGCGGACCCAGAUAGAGGCUCAGGGUCAGGCCCAGAAAGGGGCUCAGGAACGAGCUCGGGAACAGGCCCAGAAAGGGGCUCAGGAACGGGCCCGGGAUCAGGGCUGGGAGCAGACCCAGAUAGAGGCUCAGAGGCAGACCCAGAAAGGGGCUCAGGAACGGGCUCGGGAACAGGCCCAGAAAGGGGCUCAGGAAUGGGCUCGGGAACAGGAUUGGAAGCAGACCCAGAUAGAGGCUCAGAGGCAGACCCAGAAAGGGGCUCAGGAACGGGCUCGGGAACAGGGUCGGGAGCAGACCCACAUAGAGGCUCAGGGUCAGGCCCAGAAAGGGGCUCAGGAACGAGCUCGGGAACAGGCCCAGAAAGGGGCUCAGGAACGGGCCUGGGAUCAGGGCUGGGAGCAGACCCAGAUAGAGGCUCAGAGGCAGACCCAGAAAGGGGCUCAGGAACGGGCUCGGGAACAGGCCCAGAAAGGGGCUCAGGAACGGGCUCGGGAACAGGGUCGGGAGCAGACCCACAUACAGGCUCAGGGUCGGGCCCAGAAAGGGGCUCAGGAACGGGCUCGGGAUCAGGGCUGGGAGCAGACCCAGAUAGAGACUCAGAGGCAGACCCAGAAAGGGGCUCAGGAACGGGCUUGGGAACAGGGUCGGGAACAGGCCUUGACAAGUGGGAUGGUGCCUCGGGCCUGGGAGCAGCCCAUUAGUGGCAUAGCUGAGGGAGUGGAUGCUGCUGACAGGAGUCGGGGGUCCAGAAGCCCAGCCCCCAGGGAUGGUGGACGGUCGGGGGGCAGUGGCCUGGGGGAGCCCAGGGCCGGGCACCCACCCCCAGGAAGCCGCCCCCUCAGGGGCAAGAGCAUUGCCACCUCUCCCCUGGGGCUGGGAAAGAGCCCAACUGAGCCCACGCCUGAGGCUGGGGGCUGCGGGACUCCCCAGGCCCCGGUCCAGGAGGGGCCCCCAGACCACCCUGGGGCUGAGAGGGCCCCGCAGGACAGGAUGGAGGCAUCGGAGCCCGAGCAUCACGGGAGGUCCAGGUACCUGGCCAAGUACAAAGCCCAGAGCUUCCGUGACCAGAGGGCCUUCGAUUUGUCCUUCAGACCAAUGAGCGUCAGGGCCAGCGACACGUCUGAGCUCCCAAAGUGAGGCCCCGAGUCCGCACCAUGGCUCGCCCAGCACUGUGACAUCCGCCCAUUGAGGGACUUCAGGCAUUUUCCCGCCUCCAAAUGCGUCUUGGAGCAUCCCCUACAGAGACUCCUGUUUCCAUAAUUUUCUUUCCCUUCUUCACAAGCUGACCUUGGGAGGAUUGAGCUACAUGUGGGUCGGGUUCCUGUCACCCCACAGAGCCACAAGGCCGUGGGGGUGGGAGGUGCGGGCCUGUGGCCUCACCAGGCCCUCAGGAUUCUUUGUGUCUUCACUCGGGGGCGCCGGCUCACCCCUCUCUCACACAGCCUGCAGCGUGGAGCUCACACCUCCUGCAGUGGCACGGUGUGUGCGUCUCCUUCGAUCUGCAGGAUGCUGGCACUUUGGGACGCCUCCCCAGCUCUCACAGGGCCACCUCCCACUGCUCCCUGCCCACACCCCGCCAUGCCCUGCUCUGACGUGGCCGCAUGGCACCCACCAUCCAUGGGCCCAAAGUGACACACACCGCCCCACCCCCAUGACUCGAAAGAAAGGGCAGAGCUUCCUCCAGCCUCAGACGCCCAGGUGGGUGCUGGGUGCUGUGUGGCUGCUGGGCCAUGUGGUGGUCACCAGAGGGUGUGGGAACGCUGGGAUCCCAGGCCGAAACCAGCUCAUCCGGAGGAAGAGGCCUCAGGAAAUGCCCACAUUAAGUUCUGAGAAAGGGACAGUGCAGAGCCGUGGGAAGCCAGGAUCCCAAGGAAGCUUCGUCUGGAAACUGGGUGCUGGGAGAAUGAACGGGAGCCCGCCCGCCCUUUCCUGCAGUCCCUGCGGGUGGCGCCACUGGUGCCGGUGACCUGAGAGCCUCGCUGUCUGUCCUCCGUCCUCUCGAACAGCAUGGAAGUGUUUCCUGCCCUGGCCCGAGACGGCCCACGACUCCGGCCUUGUUCAGGUACUGAGGUAAUGCAUGUUCAGGCUGGAAUAUUUGAAUGCUGUCUAGAGGCACAAGAAGGAAAUCAAAGCCACCUGUGGUCACAUUGCCUCGAGAUGGUUUUUGUUGCUACUCUGGACUAUUUUUUAGGCUCUUCCUCCAUGCACCUAUUUUAAAGCACAUUCUUCCCCAUGAUGGAGCCAUGCACCUCUGUGUCGCGAUCCAUCGUCCCAGGCCACUCGGUGGCCUCUGAAACCCUGACCCGUGAGGCCACACGGCUGCCUGAGUGGCCCCGGAGCAGCUGGAUUUUCAGCGUGAACCGAUGCAGCCUGUCGCCCUGCGGCCCCGCACCCUUGUUUUUGGUGGUGCCCUCCCUGUGGAAAGUUAAUUCCUGCUUUUUGAAGGUGUCUUGGCAUCUUCUGCCUUUGCUACUGAGCAGUUUCCUGAAACAGCCCUACGCGUUCGCAAAGGCGCUUUGGUGCCUGCUGCGAGCACCUCUGUUUUCUGACUCGGAUGUUCCUUUAGAGGAAGGUAUUUUCCAGUGUCGGCUCUGAGAGGGCGUUUAGCAGGCGCGUCCUACCCACGGCGGGGCUGGGGUCUCUCCUACCAGGGAAGGUCCGUCCCGGCAGACACCAGUGGCUUUGGCUCUGCAGCGCCAAGGAGGCGGCGUGACGUCAUGCUCCGGGGAGCGUACAGGUUUCCUUCCAGUCGAACAAUUAACUUCAGAUCCAGCAGGUUUGACCCACCCUCACCUGCUAGGACAUGCGAGUGCUGGUGUCUGGAAGGAGGGCCGGGUUGUGCUGAGCUCUGGGGGGCCGGUCCCCACAGCUCCCCCCACAGAGCCCCCGGGGCCUCCUCUAUAAAUCAGGGGUCCGUGCUCCCAGCCCACUUCGAGGGGUUUCUGCUUGGCGUGUGGGUUCUAAGUGCGAGCUGCUGUGUGUGGAGGCUCCUGAGCACUGGGUGCCCCUCGCGCGUGUGGGUCCCGGGGCAGCCCAGCUGCACACAGGAUGGUCCGGGGGUGCGGGUGAGGGCAGAGCUGAGCAUGGCGUGUACUUGGCCACAGAAGCCUUGCUGUGGUGCCGCUGGACCCCUGCUAGGAGGACAGGGUCCCCUCUCUCACGAAGCACGCGGACCUCCAGAGUCCCUGCCCCUGCAGUCCUGGGAGCCUGCAGCUGGGGCUGGAGUUGGCCUCUCGGAGCCACCCAAACGGAGAGGCCCAUGAGAGAGGAGCUCAGGGGUCCAGCAGAGGCUGACAGAGUGGCCUCUUAGUCCUGUUGGCGGCCCCUGCUCAUGCCUGGGACGUCCUCCCUGGAGCUGGGGGAGCUCAGGGACCCCCAGGUCUGUGUGGCUGCCCCUGCCACUCCAGGCACAGCGGCACGGCCCUCACUCUUUACCUAUUUGGAAUUUGAGGCAAUGAGUGGCAAGAACAUGAUGACAGACACGGGAGGUAAAAAUAUGUUCACUGGCUGUUCCCUUUAGAAAUAAGAAGUGGUGGGACUUGCGCUGCUAUUUUUAAAUAGACCAGAGAGUACACUGGAGAAGGCAUUGAGUGGUUUUAUUUUAAGUGGUGGAAAAAAUGAUGAGAAUCUCCCCCAGAUGACAGCUCUGGAAGUGUCGUGCCUGAGCCCCCUCACAGUCUGGCGGGCGCAGAGUCUGUGAGCGGCCAGGAGGCCACCUGCUCGACUGGCCCGUCCUCUCCGUGUGCCAGACGCAGCCCAGCAUGACACUGCCCUCAGCUCAAAAACAGCACAGCUACUCUGUGUGCAGGAAAAAACUGCCAGUGACUUCACGAGGAUUUGAGAACGGUCCGUACGUUCACACUAAGCUGAGACAGCGCAGGUUAGAAGAUAGCGCGGGGAAGUAUUCACACUUCAGAUACAACCAUCACUGCCACAUGGCUAAGGCCCACACCCUCCCGGGGUGAAAUAACUAUAGCAGAAGAAUGGUGUGCUAACCACCCCCACGGGCAUUUUAAAUAAAACCCAAAGUUGUUUUUUUUUAAAAAAAAAAAAAGAAAGAAAGAAAGAAAGAAAGGAAGUGGCCAGGCGCGGUGGCUCACGCCUGUAAUCCCAGCACUUUGGGAGGCCGAGGCGGGCGGAUCACGAGGUCAGGAGAUCAAGACCAUCCUGGCUAACACAGUGAAACCCCAUCUCUACUAAAAAUACAAAAAUUAGCCGGGCGUGGUGGCGGGCGCCUGUAGUCCCAGCUACUCGGGAGCCUGAGACAGGAGAAUGGCGUGAACCCGGGAGGUGGAGCUUGCAGUGAGCCGAGAUUGCGCCACUGCACUCCAGCCUGGGUGACAGAGCGAGACUCUGUCAAAAAAAAAAGAAAAGAAAAGAAAA